GGCGGCCCGCGGCGGGCGGGGAAGGCGCGGGGCGUGGUUUGCAGCUUUCCGAGAUCCAAGGAGCGGAGCGCUCUGUGCUGCGCCCCGAGCCUUCCGCUGGACUGAAAAAGGGAGCGGGAGACCGAGCAAAAAAGGCGAUCGAGGGAGCAAGGCAAGGGGGGCGCGGACCUGGGCCGGCCCCAGCCCGCGUCCUCACUCCUCGCGAAGGCCGGCAGCGGUUCAUUUCUUUAACUGAUAUGGACAUGGUGUAAUCUCCACUGAAUCAAAGGAUGGCAUCCAGUCCUGUGCUUCCCACUGAAGAUGAACAGGUUUCCUUGGGCAUCGAUGAUCUCCAUAUUUCACUGCAAGCUGAACAGGAAGACACUCAGAAGAAAACUUUCACCUGCUGGAUAAACUCACAGUUGGCAAAGCACACUCCUCCCUCGGUGAUAUCAGACCUAUUCACAGACAUUAAGAAGGGGCACGUCCUCCUGGACCUGCUAGAAGUACUCUCAGGACAAGAGUUGCCUCGAGAUAAAGGAUCUAAUACAUUCCAGUGUAGAAUCAAUAUAGAAUAUGCCCUGACAUUCCUAAAAAACCGAUCAAUCAAGCUGAUAAAUAUUCAUGUUGCUGAUAUUAUAGAUGGAAACCCAUCCAUUAUUCUUGGCCUAAUUUGGACAAUUAUAUUGCACUUUCAUAUUGAGGAGCUUGCCCGGACUCUCUCUUGCAAUUAUAGUCAACCUUCCCUUGACGAUGUGAGUGUGGUUGAGUCAUCUCCUACCUCAAGUCCUCCAGCUAAGAAAUGCUCCAAAGCCCAAAAAAGAUGGCAGAUGUCUGCAAAGAAGGCUCUUCUCUUGUGGGUUCAGGAGCAAUGUGCCAUGUGUGAAUCUGUCAAUGUGACAGAUUUUAAGUCAAGCUGGAGAAAUGGGAUAGCUUUUUUGGCUGUCAUUCAUGCGUUGCGACCAGACCUAAUUGACAUGAAGAGUGUGAAGCACAGAUCCAACAAAGACAAUCUGAAAGAAGCCUUCAGAAUUGCAGAACAAGAGUUAAAAAUCCCCAUGUUGUUGGAACCAGAAGAUGUGGAUGUUGUUAAUCCUGAUGAAAAAUCAAUCAUGACCUACGUGGCACAAUUUCUGCAGUACUCAAAGGCUGCACCUCGGAUUAGAGAGAAGACUCAGGUAAAGAUGAAAGAUGCUAUGGUCUGGUUAACUCUACAAGAGAAAAAACUACAGAAGAUGCUAAAGGAUUCAGAAAAUGAGACCUAUUGUAAAAAGUAUGAAAGCCUGCUGUCCUUUUUGGAAUUAUUCAAUGAAGAAAAAAAAUCCUUUUUGGAUAUCCUUUCAACAAAAGGGAAUCUGGAUGAGCUGAAUGAAGAUGAGUUACAGUUGAGAGAAGCCUGGGAUGGCCUCACCUACCAGAUUAAUAUGUGGCAAACAAAGCUGAACGAUGACUUGCCCUCACCCCUCCAUCAAGUUGAAGCUUGGCUCCAGGAGGUAGAAGAGCUUAUGGAUGAAGAUUUGCCAGCCUCCCAGGAUAACUGUGAAGCCAUAGCUCUAAUGCAAGAGAAAAUGGCUUUAUUCAAGAGUCUGAUGGACAAAUUUGACUGUCAUUUGAAUACUCUCCUGGUAUUUGAAAAUAGAGAUGAAAAACAUUUGCCAUUGGUACCACCUUAUAAAUUGGAGGAAAUGAAAAGACGAAUCAACAACAUUUCGGGAAAAAAAUUCAUUCCACUUCUACAAUUUCAUUACUAUAAGUAUUCAGUCCUUGGUUUACUAGAUGAAGUGAAAUCAAAAUUAGAUGUUUGGAACGUAAAAUAUGGGAGCAAAGAAUCUGUGGAAUUAUUGAUGGAAGACUGGCGUAAAUUUAUUGAAGAAAAAGAGUUCCUCGCUCAACUUGAAACAUCUUUUCAAAAAUGUGAAGAAAUUCAUAAGAAUUUGGAUGGAGAAUAUCAGAGUAUUAGUGAACAAUAUAUGAUGCUGGAAGAUAAUAUUUCUGUGUAUAGGAAAAGCAUAUAUAAUGUGAAGUCCACUCUACAAAAAGUUCUGACAUGUUGGGCUACUUAUAUAGAAAAUCUUCGCUUACUAAAGGCUUGUUUUGAGGAGACAAAGAAGGAACAGAUUAAAGAGAUUCCCUUUGAGACACUAUCCCAGUGGAAUCUAGAACAUACUACUUUAAAUGAAGUGGGAAAUUUCUUAAUUCAAGUCAGCAAUGAUGAAGUUGGAUCAUCUAUUUCUAAAGAACUGAGAAGGUUGAACAAAAGAUGGAGAAAGUUUAUCCCCAAAACUCAGCUGGAAAUGAAGCUGCCACUUAUAAAAAUACAGAACCAGCCCAUUCUUGACAAUUCUGGAAAUAUUCAGCUAUCUAAAGAAGAAAAAGUAACUGUUGAUUUUUCAACAGAUAUGUCAGUAGAACUUCCUGAAAAUCACAAUCAGAAUAUAAAGGCUGAGGAAGAACAUGAAAAAGAAAAUGGAAAAUCUGCACGGCAACUAAAUGUGGCUGAAGAGAUUGAAAAACUCAUUGGACAAGUGGAAAUCUGGGAGGCAGAAAUCAAAUCUGUUUCGGAUCUUCUGAGACAUCAAGGUGAUAUAGAUACCUCAAUGGAAGAAUCUCUACAGCAUCUUAUUGCCAAAGGCUCUAUGUAUGAAGAGCUUGUGUCCAGAAUGGAAGACACUUUACAAAUGGAUGUACAAAAUAUUUCAAGCCAGGAGUCCCUCCAACAUGUUCUCAAAGCUGGACUUCAGGCAAAGAUUCAAGAAGCUAAAGAGAGAAUCCAGAUCAACAUGAUAAACUUAGUUGCAAUGUUGAAGAACUCAACUGAUGUUUCACCAGACCUGGAUGUCAGGCGGAAGGUGGAAGAAUCACUGAAGGAACUGGAAUCAUACAUUACAAGGGCUGAGGAGUUACUUGGCCAAAGAGAGAGCCAGAGUGGACUCAUUUCAAAAUAUAAGGAAGCCCUAUUAAUUUUUAAUUCUAAAAGUCUGGCCAAGUAUUUGAAAGCUGUUGAAGAACUGAAAAAGAAUGUAACUGAGAAUGUAAAACUGUCUUUGGAAGAAAAGAGUAGAGAUGUCUGUGCUAAGUGGGAGUCUCUUCAACAUGAAAUGUCUUUGUAUAUUCAACAACUAAAAAUAGACAUUGAAAAAGGAAAACUUAGUGACAGUAUUUCAAGACUCGAAAAACAAAUAAAUAAAGAGAAGAAACUAAUUCGCAGAGGAAAGACCAAGGGUCUCAUCAAGGAACAUGAGGCCUGCUUUUCUGAGGAAGGCAGUCUAUACCAGCUUGAUCACCACAUGGUUGUCCUGCGGGAGCUGUGUGAAGAGCUGACUUCGCAGAAGAGUCAACAGGAAGUGAGGAGAGUGCUCAGGGAUUAUGAACAAAAGAUAGAAAGACUUCGGAAAUGUGCUUCUGAGAUUCACAUGGCACUGCAGCCCACGGGAGGCACGUCGAAAAACAAGGGGUCCGUGAACACAUCUGAGAAUGGAGGGAGGAAUGCCCACAGUGAGGCGCCAUCUGCAAGAUCAGAUAAUCAGCCAUCAACUGAAAAGGCAAUGGAGUCGAUUAAAAAAUUGAGUCUGGAAUCAGAGUUAAAGCCUCAACAGGAAGAAAAUACGGAGAAGUUUGAAAAGGAUCACAAUGCAUCUAUGAAUAGUUUACUAGAGAGGUAUGAAAUACACAGAGAAACUCUUGAACUACACCUGCAAAACAACAAAUUCAGAAUUACUGCUGAUUUCCCAAGUGACAAGGAAAGAAGUAGUGCUUGUCUGCAGGAAAAACUGACAGAUCUACAGGUCUUAAAAAAUGAAACUGAUGCUUGCUGGAAAGAGUUCGAAAUCACGUCACUGAGGUUAGAAGAGCUUGAGAGUGACAUAAAGAAGCCUUUUAUAAUUAAAGUAAGAGACAGACUAAAGGAAAAAGAGAGCGAGUUUCAGAUGACUCUUAAUAACAGAAUGGAGUCUUUAGAGGCCGCAUUGCAGAUUGUGUUACCUGUGGAGAAGGAAUCGCUUCUUCUCUGUGGCUCAGACCUGCUUCUUCUCCAUGAAGUAGCUGUUCAGGAAUUUCAUCUCACUGAUGCUGAUGGCAUUUACCAAAACCUGAGGGAUAUCCAAGAUUCCAUAGCAAAACAGAUCGAAAUCUGUAACAAUUUGGAGCAGUCGGGCAACUUUGCAUUAAAGGAAUUACACCCACUUGAACUACAUGCAACACAGAACAUUAUACUACAACACAGAGGACAACUCGAAGAGAUGAACCACAGGGUCCAGAGGAGUAAAGAUGCGCUCAGGGCCCUGGAAGAUUUUUUGGCUUCUCUGAGAGCAGCCGAACUCUCCGUUGAGCUUGUUACAGACCUUUCAGCCUCAGGUUCACAGGUGGUACCAGAAAAUACUUUGACUGUAAAAUAUAACGAGGGAGAAAUUUAUCUGAUGAAAGAUAAGGCCAGACAUUUGGAUAAACGUUUGAAGAUGCUUGACAUAAGCUUUAAAGAUGCCGAACAGGGUGAAGAUACUUCCUGUGAAAAACUUCUCGAUGCUUUAUCCAAAAACCUAUUUGAGACACGCGGCUAUGGCGGACAGGAGGAACUCACUGAAGAAGACAGAUUACUGGAGGCUUGUAUUUUCAAAAAUAGUGAACUCUUGAAAAAUAUUCAAGAUGUGCACAAUCAGAUCAGUAAAAUUGGUCUUAAGGAUCCGACUGUCCCAGCUGUAAAACAACGGAAAAAAUCAUUAAUCAGACUGGAUAAGGAGCUAGAUGAAUAUGAAGAAGAGAAGAAACACUUGCAAGAAAUGGCUAAUUCUCUUCCACAAUUCAAAGAUGGCAGAGAAAAAGCUCUGAAUCAACAGUGCCAAAAUACAGCACUCUUGUGGGAGAACACAAAAGCUUCGGUCACUGAAUGCCUUGACCAAUGUGAAAGAGUUUUGGAGCUCCUAAAACAAUACCAGAAUUUUAAAAGUGUCUUGACAACUUUGAUUCAAAAAGAAGAGAAUGUCAUCUCCCUUCAGUCUUCGUACAUGGGAAAGGAGAACCUGAAGAAAAGGAUAGCAGAGAUUGAAAUUGUCAAAGAAGAAUUUAAUGAACAUUUAGAAGUUGUAGACAAGAUUAACCAGAUCUGCAAAAAUCUACAAUUUCAUCUAAAUAAAAUGAGAACCUUUGAAGAACCUCCUUUUGAGAAAGAGGCUAAUAUUAUUGUGGAUAGAUGGCUUGAUAUAAAUGAGAAGACAGAAGACUACUAUGAAAAUCUUGGCCGAGCUCUGGCAUUAUGGGACAAACUUUUUAAUUUAAGGGAUGCAAUUUAUGAAUGGACUGAAAAGGUCCUUCGAAAAAUGGAGUUGCAUCAGCUGACUGAAGAAGAAAGAGAAAAACUGAAGGAAGAGUUACAAGUUUAUGAACAGAAACCUUCAGAAUUUUCAAAAAGAGUGGCUAAAAUACAGUUUCUGCUUCAAAGCAGUGAAAUACCUCUUGAACUACAGGUCAUGGAGACCUCUAUUUUGAAUAAGAUAGAGGAUGUAAAAAUGCGUUUAACAGGAGAACCCAGUUGCUCUGCACUCAGUGGCAGCACCGCUGAGCUAAGGGAGGACCUGGAUCAAGCCAAGACCCAGAUUGGGAUGACUGAGUCCCUCUUGAAAGCCCUGUCUCCUUCCGACAGCUUGGAGAUCUUUACCAAACUAGAGGAGAUACAACAGCAAAUUCUACAGCAAAAACACAGUAUGAUAUUACUUGAGAAUCAAAUAGGUUGUCUGACUCCUGAACUUUCUGAAUUAAAAAAGCAAUAUGAAAGUGUCAGCGAUUUAUUUAAUACCAAAAAAAGUGUUUUGCAAGAUCACUUUUCUAAGUUAUUGAAUGAUCAGUGUAAAAACUUUAAUGAUUGGUUCAACAGCAUUAAAAUGAACCUUAAGGAAUGUUUUGAAUCAUCAGAAACAAAAACGAGUAUGGAACAAAAGCUACAAAAACUUUCUGAUUUUUUGACUCUUGAAGAAAGAGGCAGUAAAAUACAGCAGGUGGAAACUGUACUGAAUCAUGUGAAGAAACAUCUGCCCAAAGCACAUGUUAAGGAGCUUAACAGUUGGAUUGUAAGUCAAGAAAUUGAAUUAGAAAAAAUGGAGUCCGUAUGCCAGCUGCGAGCAAAGGAGCUUGGUGACUACGUGCAGCAGCUACUGAGACUACAGGAUGACCAUAGAAAUUUGAGUACGUGGUUGACUAAUCAAGAAGACAAAUGGAAAGAAAUCGAAGAGUCAAAAGAGAAAACCGAGCUAGUUUGCCAGACUCUAGCUAGGAAGAGGGAACAAUUUGAAUCUGCGGCCCAGUUGAACAACUCUUUAAAGGAAUAUGGGCUUACUGAAGAAGAAGAAAUAAUAGCGGAAUCAACACGUUUGAUUGAUAGAUACCAGGCAUUAUUGAGACAAAUAUGUGAAAUUGAAGAAGAGGAUAAAUUACCUCCUGCCGAGGACCAGAGCUUUAAUGACCUUGUACAUGAUGUAAUUCAUUGGAUAACAGGGAUUAAAGAGUCCCUUAUGGUUUUGAAUUCAUCUGAAGGUCACAUGCCACUUGAGGAAAGAAUCCAAAAAAUAAAGGAAAUCAUUUUACUAAAGCCUGAAGGGGACGCUAAAAUACAGAUGAUCAUGAGUCAGGCUGAGACCAGCAAGGUUCCUUUGGUUUCAAAGACCGUUACUGAUAUUGAGAACCAGUGGGUCAACACACUCCAUUUAGCCAACACAUAUCUAAGCCAUCAAGAAAAGCUUGUACUAGAAGGAGAGAAGUAUUUGCAAAGUAAGGAGGACCUGAGAUUAAUGCUCACAGAACUAAAGAAGAAACAAGAAGCGGGCUUUGCUCUGCAGCAUGGUUUGCAGGAGAAGAAAACUCAGUUAAAAAUUUAUAAGAAAUUCCUCCAGAAAGCACAAGAUUUGACAUCCUUGCUAAAGGAGUUAAAAUCUCAAGGAAAUUACCUCUUAGAAUGCACUAAAAAUCCCAACUUCAGUGAAGAGCCUUGGCUGGAAAUAAAGCAUCUACAUGAAAGUCUUCUUCAGCAACUAGAGGAUUCUGUGCAAAAAUUGGAAGGUCAUGUUCAAGAACACCACACAUACCAGGUUUGCAUCACAGACCUGCAUACUGAAUUGGACAAUUUCUCCAAGGAAUUUGUUAGUUUUUCUGACAAGCCUGUGGAUCAAACAGCAGUUGAGGAAAAACUACAGGAACUGCAGGAGCUAGAAAAUAGACUUCAUUUACAAGAUGGCACAUUAGAGAAGAUUUUAGGUUUAGCAAAAUCCAUCAAGCAGAAUACAUCUUCAGUGGGACAGAAGAUUAUUAAAGAUGAUAUAAAAUCACUUAAGCAUAAACAAAAAGAUUUGGAAAACAGACUUGAAUCUGCUAAGCAGGAGAUGGAAAAUUAUCUCAACAGCAUUCUCAAAUCAAAAUGCUCAACAGAAAAGAAAGGAGAGUUUACUCUGCCAGGCAGAGAGAAGCAGAUCACUUCUGAUAUGCAGGAGUCCACUCAGGACUCAGCUGCAGUGGAAAAGUUGGAGGAAGACUGGGAAAUAAACAAGAAUUCAGCUGUGGAAAUGGUUUUGUCAAAACAACUUUCUCUCAAUGUUCAAGAAAGCAUGAAAAACACUGAAGAUGAGCAGAAAGUCAAUGAGCUGCAAAAUCAACCUUUAGAAUUAGAUGUUACGUUAAGAAAUGAACAAUUAAAAGAGAUAGAGGAAUUAUAUAGCCAAUUGGAAGCAAAGAAGGCAGCCAUUGAACCAGUAGAACAAACUGAAUAUUUCAACAAAACAGAAACAAGUGCCUUGGCUCUCCACAGUACAAGGAAUUCAGUGCAGCACUUGGACAAUCUGCUUCAGGCACUUAUUACUUUGAAGAAAAAUAAAGAAAGCCAAUAUUGUCUCCUUAAAGAUUUUCAGGAACACUUUGCUGCAGUUGAAUCCUCGAUGAAAGCCUUGUUGACAGAAAAAGAGAGUCUAAAAGUGGGACCACUGGACAAUGCAACCUAUCUGGCCAAAAUUCAGAAAUUGCUGGCAUCAAUAGAAAAAGCAAAAGAUUCUUUAAGCAAGAUGAAAAUUGAAUGGGAAAAUUUAUCAAACUGUCUGACUGACAUGGAUAAGAAGUUGUUAGAAAGCCAGAUCAGGCAACUUGAACAUGGGUGGGAACAAGUGGAACAACUGGUUCAAAAGAAGUAUUCUCAGCAAGUGGUGGAACAUGAGGAAUUUACAUUUCUCAUGAGUAAAAUCCAAGACCUUGACAUUUCUCUGCAGCAGCAGCAGCAGUGUCUCCGGUUAAGGCUGAGCUCGCCAGAACAGGAAGGGACACAAAGUAUGGUUGCUUUGGUCACUGAACUCCAGACUCUCAAGCACAGGUUGUCUGUUUUAAAGGGGCAAGCUGAACUCCAGAUGAAGAGGAUUUGGGGAGAAAAAGAAAAGAAGAUUUUGGAAGAUGCAAUAAAUAAUUUGCAGAAGCAAUUGGAAGCAUUGGAGCCAUUAAACAGAGAGCUGGAAAAUCAGAUCAAGAAGUGUGAAGUGAGAAACAAGGUGAAAGAGACAAUCUUAUGGGUCAAGAACCUUUUAGGUGAACUCGUUCCUACCAUUUCCCUUCUCCCAGAUGACAUUCUUUCUCAGAUCAGAAAAUGCAAAGUGAUGCACGAUGGCAUCCUGGGUAAGCAGCAGGCUGUGGAGUCACUGGUUGAAGAGGUCAAAAAUAACAUUACUAACCUUACAGCACAUGAGAGUGAUGAUUUAAAUAACCUCCUACAGGACUUACAAAGUCAAUGCCAAAUGCUAGUUUUAAAAUCGACUCAAAGGUCCCAGCUGUUAGAAUUUAAAUUGGAAGAAAGAAGCAGACUUGUUGCAGCAAUUGAGAAGGUUCAGCUUUCUCUCCAAGGAAGUGAAACAUUGACGAUUCCCAAAAUGGGAACACCCUCCACAGAAGCUGAACUAGAACAUCAGCGUGUCACUUUGAUGACUUCUCAGAAGGAACUGCAAGAAAUUGAGAGCAUAAUCUCAGCACAUCUUCAGGAACUAACAAACAUUUGUAAGGAUCUAAAUGUGUUUGAAAGAUUAUUUCUGGAUGAUCAAUUGAAAAACCUUAAGACGAGAGCCAACAGAACACAAAGAUUCAUUCAGAAUAAAUGUAAUGAAGUAGAACACAAGAUAAAUUUUUCCAGAAAAGUCCAUGAACAAACAUCUGUGCUUCAGAAGGAACUUGAUAACAUACAGCACAAUGAACUGCUGCUAAAGCAAGAAGUAAAUCAGGAUGUUAAAGAAGAGUUCUGUAGUCUUAAAGACCGACUCACUGGUAUUCAAUCUAGUAUCUUACAGAUAAUGAAACUUAAAGAAGUAUUUGACGAUAUAGGACUGAAUUGGGAUUGUUCCCAGCUUGACCAGUUACGGUCCCAAGCAAUUGAAAAAGAAAAGGAACUCGAAGAAAAAAUUAAGAAGUUGGACACAUUUAUGAUAGAAUAUGGCAAAUAUCAAGCAUCACUAAGUAAACUGAGGGCAAUGGAUUUGCAAAUUAAGAAAAGGGCUGAAGGAGUACUAACAGCCUCUAAUACUUCACCAGAAAGCCGUCUACUCAGUGCUCAAAUUUUGAAUCAGAGAAUCGAGAAAGCCAUGUGCUUAUAUCAUGAAAUAGUAAAGAAAUUAAGUGAAAAUAAGGCCUUUGGUGACUUGUUCAAAGAGAAAGAAAUACUACAAAUAAAGCCAUAUGCAGAAGAAAAUGAUGAGUUACACAAAGCUCUCCAAAACAUAGCACUAGAAUCCCAACCAAAAGAAAUAGAUGAAAAGAAUUUUCAGGACAAACUAGAAAAUUCCUUACAUGUUUUGAACCAGAUAAAAUCUCAGUUACAACAGCCUUUACUUAUAAAUUUGAAAAUCGAACAUAUUCAACGUGAAAUGGAUAAUUGCGAAGCAUUUCAAGAACAAGUUCAGGCGGAAAUGUAUAGCAUUAAAGCUGUAACUGUUACUGAGAAGCAAAGAGCAGAAAACUCUUCUGAAGCUAGUGAUGUGGAGACAAAAUUGCGUGACAUUGAACAUCUUUAUAUGCAGCUUAAUACAAGCAUCGACUUGCGCACAAAUGUCUUGAAUGAUGCUUAUGAAAAUAUGACACACUACAAUGAGGCCGUCACCAGGGCGAUGGGGAUCAUCACUGCCCUUGAAGCCAUCGUUGCAUACCAUAGGGUAGACCUGGAUAAUCCAGAAGAAUCACUGGAGAUGCCUCGCUGGAAACGAGAGGAAUUGGAAUCCUCAAUAGCAGACAUCCAGGACCUCACCGAGAAAUUGGAGAGCAUAGCCAGCCCUGAGGCCAAACUGCAGCUUCAGUAUACUUUACAAGAGAUAAUUUCUAAGAACUCAGCCCUGAUGGAGGCAGCCACAGUAAAGGAAGCUGAAAUGCAAAGGUGUCUCGAGAAUUACAAAUGCUAUAGAAAAAUUAAAGAGAAAAUUGGCAGUGACCUCAUCCAUAUGGAGACAGUUCUCGGGAUGUCCAUGUCCCCAUUGCCAGUGUCUUACAAAGAAGCUUUAGAAUGCUUGGAACAGAGCAAGGCCUUAGUGUCAAAUCUUGUAUCAACCAAAGAAGAAUUAAUGAAACUACGACAGUCCCUCAGAUAUCUGAGACCCAGGUGCACAGAUAAUAAUGGCAUAUGUUUGCUCAGAACCAUGUCAGCUCUGUGGGAGAAAUGGCUGAGUUUGCUGGAAGCUGCUAAAGAAUGGAAGAUGUGGUGUGAAGAACUGAAGCAGGAGUGGAAAUUUGUCAGUGAAGAAAUUGAACGAGAAGCAAUUAUUUUAGAUAAUCUUCAAGAAGAACUCCCUGAAAUUUCCAAAACAAAAGAAGCAGCCAGCACAGAGGAACUCUCUGAGCUACUAGACUGUUUAAGCCAAUAUGAAGAGAAUGUGGAGAAGCAGCAGCUGUUACUGGCCCUGCUUCUUCAGCGCAUUAAAAGCAUCCAGAAUGCUCCCGAAAGCUCAACGGCUGUGGAAACUGUUCCCGCAUUUCAAGAGAUGACAUCUAUGCGAGAACGAUGUGAUAAUCUUUUCCAGAAAGCUCAAAAAAGUAAGGAAUUGAUACAGAAUGAAAUCCAAGAAAGACAUUCUUUCGCAAAAGAAAUAAUUACUUUGAAGAAUCUAUUUCAACAGACCACAGCUUCUCUCCAAAAUAUGCAAUUACAAGACCACCCAGAAAAGGCAGAACAGUUUGAGGAGCUUCAAAGCAUUUUUAAGAAAGGGAAGCUAACUUUUGAAAAUAUUAUGGAAAAACUCCGAAUCAAGUAUUCUGAAAUGUACACCAUAGUUCCCGCAGAGAUUGAAUCCCAGGCGGAAGAAUGCAGAAAAGCUUUAGAAGACGUAGAUGAGAAGAUUAGCAAUGAAGUCUUGAAAAGUUCACCAUCAUAUGCAAUGGCUAGAAAAAUAGAUGAAAUUAACAAUGGGCUUCAUAAUGUUGAGAAGAUGUUGCAGCAGAAAAGCAAAAAUAUUGAGAAAGCUCAAGAAAUUCAAAAGAAAAUGUGGGAUGAGCUAGACUUCUGGCAUUCUAAGCUAAAUGAGCUGGAUUCUGAAGUUCAGGACGUUGUCGAACAGGAUCCAGGACAGGCUCAAGAAUGGAUGGAUAACUUGAUGGUUCCUUUCCAGCAGUAUCAACAAGUAUCGCAGAGAGCAGAAUCGAGAACUUCACAGCUAAAUAAGGCCACAAUCAAGAUGGAGGAAUACCAUGAUCUGUUGAAGAAUACUGAAGCUUGGAUAGAAAAUACCAGUCGUUUGCUGGCUAAUCCUGCUGACCAUGACUCUUCGAAGACACUGAGUCACCACGCUAGCACCCUUCAGAUGGCUUUGGAAGAUUCAGAACAGAAGCACAAUCUUUUACAUUCAAUUUUCACUGAUCUAGAAGACUUGUCAGUAAUUUUUGAAACAGAUGAUUUAGCACAGUCCAUACAAGAGUUAAGUCGUCAAGUAGCAGCUUUACAACAAAAUAUCAUGGAGAGCCUGCCACAGAUUCAGCGAAUGGCUGAUGAUGUGGUUGCUAUUGAAAAUGAAGUAAAAUCAAUGGAGAAAAGAGUUUCAAAAAUCAAAGCUAUCCUAUUGUCAAAAGAAAUAUUUGAUUUUUCACCCGAAGAACAUCUUAAGCAUGGGGAGGUCCUGCUUGAAAAUAUACAUCCUAUGAAGAAAACCAUUGCAGAAAUAAUGUCUUACCAAGUAGAACUGAGGUUACCCCAGACAGGAAUGAAACCUCUGCCUGUGUUUCAGCGGACAAAUCAGCUUUUACAAGAAAUAAAACUUUUGGAAAAUGUGACCCAGGAACAAAAUGAGUUAUUAAAGAUAGUCAUAAAACAGACAAAUGAAUGCGACGAGGAAAUAGAAAAUUUGAAACAGAUCUUAAAUAAUUAUUCAGUUGCAUUCUCCUGUGAACAUAUGUCACCAGACCAAGCUGCUGACCUGCCACAAGUACAGGUANAAAUUGAAGGUAUUGGAAAGCAGAUGAUGAGUGUGAACCAGAAAAAAGAAGACCUGCUGGUGAACUUAAAGGCUGCCAUAUUAAAACUUCACCAGCAUUUACAGCAAGAACAGCAUGAAGUAGAAAAAGAAAUGCUGCCAGUUGGAGCGUCAGAAGAGGACGCAGUGGCUGAGAGGGACGUUUCUGAGUGGAAGUUGAACAGAAGAGACUCCAUGCCUUUCUUGCCAGCAGUCAGGGAAGAGGUGGAAGAGAGCUCUCUGAAGAGUGAAAAAGGAGAUAAGAAAGCAGAGCCAUCUUCUGUGUCUUGGUCUUCACUCUGGAAGCAUGACAGGGACACGGAGGAAGAUAGAGCAUCUUCGUCCUCUGGAACAAUCAUUCAGGAGGCAACUGGGAAAAUAAGCUUAUGUGAUAGUUCCAUGGCACAAAUUCUUGCACCAGGGUCGCAAAGCACUGAGCAAGGCCCAGAAUUCUCCCUGAGUCCCAACCAAACAGAAGAGGGUGCCACACUUCCUAUCAAGGCUGUAGCUCUGGGCUUUUCUGACGAGCAAGGAGCUUUUGAGGCCACGGUGGAGAAACCUAGCCCCGAGCCUGCAGAAGUCCUCCAUGUCUGCAAGACCCAGGUGGCCGAGCUGGAGCUGUGGCUACACCAAGCCAACGUGGCAUUCGAGCCGGAAACUUUAAAUGCAGACAUGCAGCAAGUGGUGGAACAGCAGCUGGUAGGGUGCCAGGCUAUGCUAACAGAGAUCGAGCACAAGGUCGCCUCUCUAUUAGAGAACUGCAGAGAUCAGGGCUUGGGAGAUAGUGGAGCCACCCAACAGGAGGCCGAAGCACUUUCCUUGAAACUGAAAACUGUGAAGUGCAACUUGGAAAAAGUCCAGCUAAUGCUUCAAGAGAAAUACAGUGAGGACCAGCAUUCUACCCUGCUAAGGAAACCUUCAAAGCGUCAAAAAGUUCUCCAAACAGAUAACCUUUCUGAAUUUAAAUCUGUUGUAAUGGAAAGGCCACAAUUCAUCAGACAAAAAGAUUUUCAGCAACAGCAGGUUCUAGAGUUGAAACCAAUGGAACAGAAAGAUUUAAUCAAAUUCAUAGAAUUUAAUGCUAAGAAAAUGUGGCCCGAGUAUUGCCAGCAUGAUAAAGAUACAACUCAGAUAUCAUCUGUGAGCAGUGAGGCAUCUAGCCUUGAAAAUGAUGCCCCAGAAUCAGUCUUAUCAACUCAGAGCCAAAGCGGAGAUAAAUGGCAAUAUUUAGAUCAUGAACUCUCGUCAAAAAUAAAGCUGCCUCUUCCUCAGCUUGUGGAGCCUCAGGUUGCCACAGAUGUGAGUAUUCUGCCUAGUGUGAGCGUGUAUAACUUUAGAUACCCCACAACUGAAGAACUGAAAACAUAUACUGCCCAACUUGAAGACCUGCGUCAAGAAGCAAAUAAUCUUCAGACACAGGAAAAUGUGACAGAAGACACAUACAUAAAUUUGGAUAAAAAAUUAUUUGAACUAUUUCUAACCCUCAGUCACUGCCUUGGCAGUGUGGAGGAGAUGCUGCAGACACCCGGCCUCUUCAGAGGGGAUAUUUGUGCCCAACAGAUGCACUACGAGACACUGGCUCUUGAGCUGAAAAAACUUUCCUUAGCUAUGAGUGACAAGAAGGAUAAUCUUUUGAAAGCCAUGACUUGGCCUGGCAAGAACACCAAUUUGUUCCCUGAAUGUUUUGAUAACCUCCAAGUUUACCUGGAGCACACACAGGCUACAGCUGCGUCUAGAAGCAAGUCUCUGAAAGCUGGCCUUGACUACAACCGCAGUUACCAGAAUGAAAUAAAGCGACUAUAUGAUCAACUUAUUAAGAAUAAAACAUCUUUACAGCAGUCUUUGAAUGAAAUUAGUGGCCAGAGUAUUGAAGAACAGCUUCAGAAAGCAGACGCACAUACAGUAGAACUGCAGAACUCUGAGGGUCAAGUGGCAAAACUAAGAGCCGAAGGGGAGAGGCUUCAUUUACCUUAUGCUUUACUCCAAGAGGUUUACAAAUUAGAGGAUGUACUGGACAGUAUGUGGGGUAUCCUGAGAACCAGGUACUCAGAACUCUGCAGCCCUUCCAUCACUGAGAGCCAGCAAGAUGCUUUGUUGCAAGGCAUGGUGGAACUAGUGAAGAUUGGCAAGGAAAAGCUUACUCGUGACCACUUACAACAAACCAAAAGUAAAGUGGCCUUACAGGCACAAAUACAAAAUCACAAGCUUUUUUUCCAGAAGCUUGUUGCUGACAUGCUAUUGAUCCAGACAUUCUCCAACAAAAUGCUUCCUUCUUUGUUACAAAAGAAAGAGUCAUUUUGGGCAGAACAAGCAAAAGAAGUUAAAUUACUAGAAGAAAAGUCACACCAAUGCGGAAUAAAGCUACAGAGUUUGUUGCAGAAAUGGGAAGAAUUUGAUGAAAACUAUGCAUCUCUUGAGAAGGACCUGGAGAUUCUUAUAUCUACAUUGCCCUCUGUGAGUUUGGUGGAGGAGACGGAAGAAAGAUUAGUGGAAAGAAUUUCAUUUUACCAGCAAAUAAAAAGAAACAUUGAUGAGAAGCAUGCCCGGCUUUACCAGACUCUGAAUGAAGGCAAACAGCUGGUGGGAUCCGUGAACUGUCCUGAACUAGAGGGCCAGAUUGCAAAACUAGAAGAGCAGUGGUUGUCCCUAAACAAAAAAAUUGACCAUGAACUACACAGACUACAAACGCUUCUCAGGCAUCUGCUCAGUUAUAACAGAGAUUCGGAUCAGUUAACCAAGUGGUUGGAAUCUUCCCAGCAAACUCUGAACUACUGGAAAGAACAGUCCCUCAAUGUGUCUCAGGACUUGGAUACAAUCAGAAGCAACAUAGACAAUUUUUUUGAGUUUUCAAAGGAACUUGAUGAAAAAUCCUCCUUGAAGACUGCGGUCCUAAGUACUGGGAACCAACUUCUUCACCUGAAAGAAGCUGAUACAGCUACACUGAGAGCUUCUUUAGCACAGUUUGAACAGCAGUGGACAAUACUUAUAACUCAACUUCCAGAUAUUCAAGAGAAACUUCACCAGCUUCAGAUGGAGAAAUUGCCAUCUCGUAAAGCAAUCACAGAGAUGAUUAGCUGGAUGAACAACGUGGAACAUAAAACCACAAAUGAAGACUCUGAACUUUCACUGAGUUCUGCAUCUCAAGUUAAAAAUCUCCUUCAGAAAUACAAGGAGCUUAGAAUGGAAAUGGACUAUAAACAAUGGAUAGUUGACUUUGUUAACCAGUCAUUACUUCAGUUAAGCACCUGUGAUGUAGAAAGUAAGCGCUAUGAAAGGACGGAGUUUGCAGAGCACCUGGGAGAGAUGAACCGCCAAUGGCACCGGGUACAUGGAACACUGAAUAGAAAGAUACAACAUUUAGAACAACUUUUGGAAAGUAUCACUGAGAAUGAAAACAAAAUACAGAUUUUGAACAACUGGAUGGAGGCACAAGAAGAGAGACUGAAAACUUUACAAAAACCUGAAAGUGUUAUCUCGGUGCAGAAGAUGCUCCUGGAUUGUCAGGAUAUAGAAAAUCAACUUGCAGUUAAAUCCAAAGCACUAGAUGAGUUGAGACAAAGUUACCUGACUUUGGAGAGUGGGACAAUGCCAUUGUUAGAAGAGACAGCAUCCAGAAUCGAUGGGUUAUUUCAAAAGAGGAGCAGUGUUGUCAACCAGGUCAAUGAGUUCAAAACCUCCAUGCAGUUCGUUUUACAGGAGUGGAAGAUUUAUGAUAAACUCUAUGACGAUGUAAAUAUGAUGACAAUUCGAUUCUGUUACUGCGUGGAACACAGCAAGCCUGUAGUUUUAUCACUGGAGGCCUUGAGAUGCCAGGUGCAGAACCUUCAGUCUCUUCAAGACGAAGCUGAGAGCAGUGAAGGGAGUUGGCAGAAACUCCAGGAAGUUAUUGGAAGACUCAAAGGUUACUGCCCCUCAGUUGCUGAAAUAAUCGAAGAGAAAUGCCAAGAUACUCACAUAAGAUGGACCCAGGUAAACCAGGACAUUGCAGACCAGUCGCGGAAGGCCCAGAGUCUGCUGCAGCUCUGGAAGGCCCACACCAGUGCUCACACGGAAGCUGUAGCAAGGCUAGAGCAGCAGGAAGCGAAGUACCGACAGCUCGCGAAUAUCAACAUGUCUGGAGACAACCUGGAAGAGAUCCUGACCUCGGCCUUGCGGGACAUAAAGGAGCUUCAGCAUGAUGUGCAGAAGACAAUAGAAGCCUUUCUCCAAAAUUCCACUUUGCUAGAUCGACUCCCACAACCCACAGAGUCCGACACCCAUGUGCUUCUCUCUGGUCAACAGCAUUCGCUCCAGAGAGCUUCUUACUUGGAAAAGAUGCUGCUUGUGAAAGCAAAUGAAUUUGAGUUUGUCCUAUCGCAAUUCAAGGAUUUUGGAGACCAAUUGGACUCGUUAAAAGGUCUUAUUAUGCGUGAAGAAGAGAAUUUGGAUAAACUCUACCAGCAAGAAAAAGAAGGAAAUCCUGAGUCAUUCCUGAAUCAUGUGCUGGCACUGACAGCCCAAUCCCCUGACGUUGAACAUCUGAAUGAAAUAAGCCUCAAGCUCCCACUUAGUGACAUAGCUGUGAAGACAUUGCAAAAUAUGAACCGGCAAUGGAUUCGGGCUACGGCAACAGCACUGGAACGCUGCAGUGAGCUUCAGGAAAUCAGAUUAAAUGAAAAGUUUCUUUAUUGCUGUGAAAAGUGGGUCCAGCUUUUGGAGAAGAUAGAAGAGAUACUCAAGGAGAAUAUUGCUGACGGCCUUCCAGCUCUCCUGGAACAGCAGAAAACAUAUGAGAUGUUAGAAGCUGAAGUUUCUAUAAACCAGACAGUUGCUGAUUCCUAUGUCAACCAGUCCUUACAACUCUUGGACACAACAGAAAUAGAGAAGAGACCGGAAUUUGUUUCAAAGUUCACGAAGCUGAAGGACCAGUGGCAGAACGCCACCCAGGGCAUUCGGCAGAGGAAGAGAGAGGUCGAUGGGCUGGUGAGGCAGUGGCAGUACUUCACCACCUCCGAGGAAGACUUGCAUCGCUUCCUCGCCGACGCCAGCCACGUGCUGUCUGCAGUGAAGAGCCAGGAUUGCUACAGCCUCUGCCAGACCCAAAGUCUGAUCCAUGAGCUGAAGGUAGGGCAUGCACAGUCACAGUGUGAGAUGGUAGGGUGGUCAUUAUUUAGAAGAUGUUCAUUCACCUCAAGUUUUGUGUUUAUUGCAAUGUCAUGGUUCAAAUGGCCUGUCUGCAAUGGGGAAGCCACCUGGACGCAGGAACUAGAGAAGUCUUUGGCUAACUGGACUCAGAACUUCAAAGAACUUCACACUAUGAAGACCGACUUAACUCAGCACAUUCUUGUGGAGGAUGUGAUGGUUUUGAAGGAGCAAAUAGAGCAUUUGCACAGACAAUGGGAGGACCUCUGCUUAAGAGUAAGUCAGUUAACUGCAGGGCACGGCUGUUGUGGAGACUGCAUGGAAGAAAUAAACUUGUUCAGUGAAAGCAAGUUACAAUUAAAGCAGAUGGGCGACCAGUUGAUCAAGGCCAGCAGCAAGACAAGAGCAGCUGAGAUCGAUGACAAGCUCAACAAAAUUAACGACCGCUGGCAGCAUCUUUUUGAUGUCAUCGGAUCAAGGGUGAAGAAGCUGAAGGAGACCUUUGCUUUCAUUCAGCAGCUAGACAAAAACAUGAGCAACCUCCGCACCUGGUUGGCUCGAAUCGAGUCAGAGCUUUCGAAGCCCGUUGUUUAUGACGUCUGUGAUGAUCAAGAGAUCCAGAAGAGGCUCGCCGAGCAGCAGGAUCUGCAGCGAGACAUUGAACAACACAGCGCCGGGGUGGAGUCUGUGUUUAACAUCUGCGAUGUCCUACUGCACGACUCUGAUGCCUGUGCCAAUGAGACGGAAUGCGACUCCAUCCAGCAGACCACCAGAAGCCUGGACAGACGCUGGAGGAACAUUUGUGCCAUGUCGAUAGAGCGGCGAAUGAAAAUUGAGGAGACGUGGCGCUUGUGGCAGAAGUUUUUAGACGAUUACUCCCGCUUUGAGGACUGGCUCAAGUCAGCUGAGAGGACAGCGGCCUGCCCAAACUCCUCAGAGGUGUUGUACACAAAUGCAAAAGAAGAGCUGAAGAGGUUUGAGGCCUUUCAGCGGCAGAUCCACGAGAGGCUCACCCAGCUGGAGCUCAUCAACAAGCAGUACCGGCGGCUGGCCCGGGAGAACCGCACCGACACGGCCAGCAGGCUGAAGCAGAUGGUCCACGAGGGCAACCAGCACUGGGACAACCUCCAGAAGCGGGUCACGGCCAUCCUGCGGAGGCUCCGGCAUUUCACCAAUCAAAGGGAGGAAUUUGAGGGGACCAGGGAGAGCAUUCUGGUGUGGCUCACAGAGAUGGACCUGCAGCUGACCAACGUGGAGCACUUCUCUGAGAGCGACGCCGACGACAAGAUGCGCCAGCUGAACGGUUUCCAACAGGAAAUUACAUUAAACACCAACAAGAUUGAUCAGCUCAUUGUGUUUGGGGAGCAGCUGAUUCAGAAGAGCGAGCCCCUAGAUGCUGUGCUGAUUGAGGACGAGUUGGAGGAACUCCACCGGUACUGCCAGGAAGUGUUUGGCAGGGUCUCCCGAUUCUACCAGCGGCUCACCUCCCACGCUCCGGGCUUGGAAGAUGAAAAGGAGGCCUCUGAGAAUGAAACGGACGUGGAAGACCCCAGAGAGAUCCAGACUGACUCUUGGCGUAAAAGGAGAGAGAUGGAGGAGCCCUCGUCUCCUCAGUCCCUUUGUCAUCUGGUGCCUCCGGCACCGGGGCCCGAGCGGUCAGGCUGCGAGACCCCUGUCAGCGUGGACUCCAUCCCCCUGGAGUGGGAUCACACGGGCGAUGUGGGGGGCUCCUCCUCUCACGAAGACGACGAGGAGGGUCCAUACUACAGUGCCCUCUCAGAUGUAGAAAUCCCUGAAAAUCCUGAGGCAUAUCUUAAAAUGACCACAAAAACUUUGAAAGCGUCUUCUGGUAAAUCCAUUUCCGAGGGUCACUCUUGGCAUGUUCCUGACAGUCCUUCCUGCCCCAAGCAUCGCUACAAACAAAUGGGAGGGGAUAGGAAUGCACCACCCAUCCCCUCAGAUUCCAGCACCCCUUAUAAACCAGCCUGUGUAAAGCUGCCGUUAUCUCCAGGCACCGAUGGUGGCAAAGAAGGCCCAAGAGUCCUGAAUGGCAGCCCACAGCAGGAGGACGAAGGACUGGCCGCCGUCACCGGGCAACAGCCAGGUGCCUUUGACAGAUGGGAGCUGGUUCAAGCACAAGAACUUCACAAGAAACUCAGAAUAAAACAAAACUUGCAGCAGCUGAACUCUGAUAUCAGCGACAUCACCACCUGGCUGAAGAAAACUGAAGCAGAGCUAGAAACGUUAAAGACGGCAAAGCCUCCCUCCAAUAUCCAGGAGAUGGAACUCAGAGUGAAGAGGCUGAAGGAGAUACUAAAGGCCUUUGACACCUACAAGGCGUUAGUGGUCUCUGUCAACGUGAACAGCAAGGAAUUUGUGCAGACCGGGAGCACCGAGUCCAAAGAGCUCCAGGAGAGAGUCGGCCAGCUGAGGCUGCACUGGGACGCGGCGCAGGGCGCGGUGCAGAGCUGGAGAGAGAGCUUACGGCAGUCGCUCAUGCAGUGCCAGGACUUCCACCAGUUGAGUCAAAAUCUGCUACUGUGGCUAGCGAGCGCCGAGAGCCGGAGGCAGAAGGCUCAUGUCACUGACCCAAAGGCAGACUCCCAGGUGCUCCUGGAACGUCGGGAAGAACUAAUGCAACUGGAAAAGGACCUACUGGAACGUCAGCCUCAAAUAAACUCCUUACAAGAGAUUUCAGAGAGCCUUCUUAUCAAGGGGCACGGAGAAGACUAUAUUGAGGCUGAAGAGAAGGUACACGUUAUUGAGAAGAAACUCAAACAGUUACUUGAGCAAGUGUCCCAAGACUUAACGUCUUUGCAGGGCAGCCAGAGCCCAGACCCAUCUCUGCCCGGCUUGGAUGAGGUAGAUGCUGGAGACCAGCCUCCAGCAGCAUCCGUGCCAGCUUCCCACGCGAAGGUUGGAGCAGAGAGGACAACAAAAGGCGAGAAUAAGACCGACAGCAGGGCGCCUGGCUCCGCAGACCCAGGCAGCUCGAGGCCACAGCGCUCCUUCCUCUCCCGGGUGAUCAGAGCGGCGCUGCCCCUCCAGCUGCUGCUCCUGCUGCUGCUGCUGCUGGCCUGCCUGCUGCCCUCCUCCGAAGAAGACUACAGCUGCACUCAGGCCAACAACUUCGCAAGGUCCUUCUACCCCAUGCUGAGGUACACCAAUGGGCCACCCCCCACUUAGAGGGCUCGGCCCGGCUGGCAGCACCACUCACCAGCCUGUUUACGGGUGCCUGCGUCAUGGCCCCAGAGCGACCUGUGACUGCUAGCACUGGCACGGUCCAGGGACCUGCUAGGACACCUCCCUCAGAGCUGGGCCAGAGGGCUCUCUCGGGACCCAGGGCAGCUUUCAUACGAUGUUCUCCCAGGGCAGGGAACCUGGGCAGUCAUUGCCCAGGACAGUUUGGCAGAGCUAGUUGGCUGGUUUUAGGAUCUUUGGAAACUGCAGUUUCCUGAAGAGCCAAGCACUUUGUGAAUUCUGAUUUAUUUGUAGAACAACAUUAUUAAAAUGUAGCUAAUAUGGUUAAUGAACAGUAGUGUUCAUCACAUAGUAUAUAUUCUAGAAACAAGCAAGCAGAUUCCGCCUUAGAAAUGGUUCAGAAACUCACAUGCACCCUUGGCUGAUUGAUUAAAGCAAUCAUAUUUUAAAUGUUUAGACUUAUUCCAAUCUUGAGCUACAGGUUAUAAACCAAAAUGUUCUGUUCAGUAUUUAGGUCUGCUCUUUUAUAUUGCUUUAAAUUUUUUAAGAAAUCAUUUGCAUGGAUGUGGUUAUUUGUGCAUAUUUUUAACAAUGCUGAAUCUGUAUGAAUAAUGUAAACUUUGAUUUUUUAAAGAAAAUCAGAUUUUAGCUCGAGCUUUUGACUCAUGUACAGUAAAUGCCAAACUACGUACUUGAUAAGGACAUUUUUGUAAGUUAAUUUUAUAAGACUUUUCAUAGCUAAAGUGAUGCUUCAGGUUUUUAACUGGCCAGAGUGGGGUGUUGAUACAGAUGCCUGAAGCUGUUUGUCAUAUGUACAACUCAGAUGUUUCCCAUUAAAACAAAAAAUUGCUAUA